GGCAAAGCCUGCUUGCCCAUAUCCAUGCAGCAUUGUCAGUGCGUAUUGGAGACGCCGACUUGACUAAAGAAUGGCUACUGAGGCAAGGACCAGGUCUGGACGUGGAAGAAACCCCCUCCUCUGAGUAAGGCAGCACUCAGAAAUGUCUUUGAUGGAACCAAUAACCGCCGCCACCUCUACAUGCUUCUCAACAUCCCUUUUCUUAAGUGGAAUUCCGGAACUGAAGAUGUAGUGGAGUACUACCUCCAGAGUAGAGAUUCAAGGAAAGUCAGAAACCUGAUAUUUCAGUUGGACAUGAUGGGAGAAACAGCUCUGGCAGACACAAUCAUGGAAUAUGCUGAACCCCCAGCA